CGAAGAUGGCCUCCUUCCCUGCGGAGCCCGCCGAGGCGCCGGGCCGGAGAGAGGCCGCGGAGGCCGAGGGAGGCGAGGCGCGUAAACUUGGGCAAACUUUGGCGCCCGCCCCUCGGGCGCAGGCUCCUCCCGGCGGCGGGGGAAGCGAGGCGGCUUCUUCUCCUGCCUCUCCCCCGGCGGCGGCGGCGCCCCGCUUCUCCCCGGAGCAGGUCUCGUGCGUGUGCGAGGCGCUGCUGCAGGCGGGCGACCCGGGCCGCCUGGGCCGCUUCCUGGGCUCGCUGCCGGCCGAGGAGGCGCGGCGCUUGGAGGCGCAGGCGGGGCCGGCGGGCGAGAGCCUGGCCAAGGCGCGGGCGCUGCUGGCCUUCCAGCGGGGGGACUUCGGCGAGCUCUACCGGCUGGUGCAGAGCCGGCCCUUCGGCGCGCCCCACCACCCCUUCCUGCAGGACCUCUACCUGCGCGCCCGCUACCGGGAGGCCGAGGCGGCGCGGGGCCGGCCCCUGGGCGCCGUCGACAAGUACCGCCUGCGCAAGAAGUUCCCGCUGCCCGCCACCAUCUGGGACGGCGAGGAGACCGUCUACUGCUUCAAGCGCCGCUCGCGGGCCGCCCUGCGCGACUCCUACGGCCGCAGCCGCUACCCCAGCCCCGAGCAGAAGCGCCGCCUGGCCCGCGACACCGGCCUCUCGCUCACCCAGGUCAGCAACUGGUUCAAGAACCGGCGCCAGAGGGACCGCAGCGGCAACGGGGGCGGCGGCCCGGGAGGCGGCGGCGGCACGCCCAGCAAGAGUGAAUCUGACGGGAAUCCCAGCACCGAGGAUGAGUCCAGCCAUGGCCCUGAGGAAACCGAAGCAGCCAUGGGGAUUCCGGCCAUGCCUGAAGGGGUUCCUGCCUCCAGCAGCCUCUUCCUGCCCGCCACCUGUUCCAGUGCCUCUUCCAUCCUUCUGAACGGCAACUUCAUCACAGCCAGCUCCCCAACCAUGCUUCUCAAUGGAGGAUCAGUGAUCCAGACUCCCAGUGGAGGUGUGAUCCUGAAUGGGUUGGCUCUGGGAGAUAACCAAACCAUCACCCUUAGCCCCGUGGCGGCACCUAGUCCACCUGUCCUCCUGAACGGUUCUGCUACGUUGCUGAGCGGCAAAAGCCCAGCGACCAACAGCCAGGAGGUGCCCAGGGCUCCACAGGAAUCCCUUUCCUCGGCCACCGUCAUCCUCAGCCCUGCAGCUCUUCCGGGGGAGGUGAAGUCCGAAGCGGACGAGGCGCUGGCUUUCGGUGUGGAAGUGAAGUCCGAGGAUAGGCCAGUGGCUGCCCCGCCUCUUCUGUCUCUCCCAGAAGCCUCCGCGCUCCUGUCUGACCAAAAGGGUGCCUUGCUGACCGCUGUUCCAAUGUCUCAAGUUGUCCCAUCGAAUGAAGAUGCCCCUGCAGCCGCUCAGGUGCCCCCGGCAGCUCAGCCGGCCUCUACAUCCAGCCCCCAGAUUGUUCCUCUUGCUAAACUAAUCCCUGGCGCUCAAGCCCUGUCCAGCUCCCAGGUGACAGUGGCAACAGCUGGUGGGCAGGUUGCUUUGCCGACGCCGCCUCCAGCAACCGUAGCUACAUCCCUCCUUUCCAUUCCGGGCUCCUCUCCAGCCCAGGCUGCGGUCCUCCACGUUCCUACUCCAUCUCUGCUCCCCCUCGCCCAAGUUUCGCCCCCCUCCCAGGUUGUGCCUUUGUCCCAGCCCGUUUCAGGCUCCCAAGUGCUGUCCCCGUCCCAAAUGGUGCCCGUGUCCCCCACGCAGAUUUACACAGUGCCCCAGGGGGGCUCCACCCCUCAGCUUGUCUCCCUCCCCCAGGUGGCCCAGGGAUCCCAGAUUAUUUCUCUCCCCCAAGUGGUGCCCACCUCCCAAGUCGUGACGCUGCAGCAGGGCAUGGGCAGCCCCAUCCAGAUCCUGACCAGCGCUGCCCCCAUCAAAAUGGGGCCUGUGGCCGGCACGCCGCAGGCACCGACGUCAUGUGGAAACCUCAGCCAUAGUAAUGUGCAUCUCAUAAACACCAACGUAAGCAUGACAGCACUUCAACUUCCAGGCACUACACCAGGGAACAUCCUCUUGACAAACCCGGUUACCGGCAGCAGCACCAUUGUCACGGGCAUGGCUUUGCAGCAGGGCAAACUCAUCCUGACGGCCACCUUUCCCGCCAGCAUGUUGAUGGCACCCAUCCUGUCCGGACCGGCAGCCCCAGCUGUGGCCCUUCCCAUCAAGCAGGAAGCGGCCGUGACACCAUCGUCGGCCGCUCUGGAAGACAACGAAACCGGCAACAUGCUGCUUCCUGGGAUCAGCCCUGUCCUGCCUUCUGCCGUCCCCUCGCUUUCAUCCUCGGACAGCCCCGGGUCACCGGAAUUGGCGUUCGGCACAGACUCUGGCCAGACUAACCUCCUUUCGAGCUUCUCCCAGUCCAACAGCCUGACGAUGUCCCAGCAGCAGGUGGUUUGGUCCAGCCCGGUCAGCAUGGACCUCCAAGGGCCCAGCUCAGAGGGGCUAUUUGAGAUGGACAAGGGUCCCAUGGAGGAACAGAGCGGCCUGCUUCGGCUCCCGGAGGGAGAGGGCCUCUUGCUGGAUGCCUCUGGCGGUGACCCCAUGGAUCCUGAGGCCCUCGACUCUGACGAGAAGGUACUGACCCAGCUGCAGUCAGUUCCAGUGGAAGAGCCUCUGGACUUGUAGAAAUGGGUUGACUCCAGCAAAG